AUGAAUCUCCUGCAAAAAACUUUACUUGCUGUCUCAGCAGCUUUUUACCUGGGAUCAAGGCUUCUUUGCAGUCAAACAACGAACUCUACAUUGGUUUGCAGCGGCGCAGAAAACUGUAACAGAUGCGUACAAGAUCCUUCAUGCUUUUGGUGCGAGACACAACUACUGUGUAAAGUUUAUGGAGUCAAAAACGAGAAAAAUGAAACAAAAAACUGCGACGAUUGGAACUGGAAGACUUGUGAGAAAACGGACACCCCACUGUUAGCUAUUAUAAGCGGUUGUACCUCGCUAGUAUUGAUUUCUGUCCUCGUAGUUCUCGUUUGCAUAAAGAGGGAUCUCUGGAAUCGAUUAAAGAGUUCGCGGUUUUGUGACGAGUGGGACAAAGAGGGAUUGUUUGAGCAAGAGGAAAGGUUUAUAAGAAAAAAGAAGCACACAAAGAAACUGGGCAACAAAGCGCAAAACUUUGCUGAUAAAUACAAAAUUAACGAUUCAUCCAUGCUGUUGUACACACCAUAA